AAAGUUUGUUGUUUGUGCUCUCCACACUGGGCACAUUGCCAUUAUUCCGCGGCCAUGGUUGUAUAAAGUUUGUGGAAUAUGGAAAUGCCGAUGGACUUCCUCCUUCGAAAAAACUAAAAACUACAGUAUAUUUAAUCCAAACUGGAGAGAGUAUGAAAUUACAAAAAUUUAUGCUAAGACAGAUACCUUUAACAAAGCAGAAAAUAUUCAAGCAGACCAAUCUGGCAAGUCUGAUGGAUCAGCGGUAACACUGACUGAUGUUGAAAAUUCUAUAACUUCAGCUACAAUACCGCUUGGUGCUACACCUUACAAAAAAAGAUUAAGAACGCCGCCAAAUAUAGAUAAUAGCUCUGAAGAAUUUGGAAAGAAAAUAAUGAAAAUUAGAACAAGAAACAGUUCUCCUGUCUAUAAAGAUUAUAGUGAAAGUGAUGACAGCGAACAAUCAGAUUGCAGCAAGAAUUCACAACAAAUAAAAUUGAAAUCACUUCCUAACUUUCCACUGCUUUUAAAAGAAAACCAACCUACUGCAAGCCUAAUGACAAUGAAAGAUGAAGAAUCCCUUCAAUCUGUAAGCGCAAAUGAAGUUAAAGUUUCAAGUACUAUUAUGCAACCAAGUCAUGGAGCACGCAGUUUGGAAUUGACCAACUUUGAGUUGUCAGACAUUUCAGAACAAGAUGACUUAAAUUUAAAGGACUCUUCUGUGAAUGAUGAUGAUUCACUGCAGUCACUGUUAAAGAAAUUACAUGUUAUUACUCUAAAGUCAUAUCAAAGCAUUAAAGAAUUAACUUUGAGAGUUUGUAGAAUAGAAGAUGAUUUGUGCAAGAUCAAAUUGUCGCUAGUAGGAAAUAUAGCGGAGGACAAUCAAGACCAAAUGUUUGUAAUGGAGCAAUACAAGACUAGUGAUACUUUCCAUAAUUUUUGUAAAAUGCUAGAAGAGGAUUCUGUGUUUCGAAAGUUAGUGAUAAAGUUCAUGAAUAUUAACUAUGGUCAAAAAUCAAUUGGGCCUUGUGUUAGAUCAAUAUUAAGAGCAUCUUUAUCAGAUAAUCUAAUGACUUUGUUUAAUUGUACAGGCUCAAGGGGCCAAACAUACAACUGCCGACCUGAAUCUCUUAAAGUGUCAGUAUGCAAAAAUAAAUAUAUGUAA